ACACAAGAGCGAGUUUUGAGACUGAUCCGUCCAUAGGUGAUACAGAAGGAGGCAGAGACGCACGGAGAGAAGCAGUCUGGGAAAGUUACGGAUGCAAACAACACCUUGAUAUUUUCCGCUUUUGAAUUAAAAUACUGCGAAGGGAAGACACAUCGGCAGCCAUGAAGAAAUCCUCGUUUCCAGUGCGAUCAGUCAGCGCUCGAACAAGAAGAACAGAAAGGGAUGUAUCCGGCAUCACCAGUCCCACUGCACGGGCUCCUAAUUUGGGAUUUGUUUAAAAGCGGGACUGCGGCGGCGGCUCAGGAAGACCUUCCUUGCUGGGGUAAAAGGGAAUCUUGCUCCCUCUCUCUACCACUCUCUCCCUCACAUACAUUCUUCCCAAAAAUGUCUGAUUCCACUGUCAACGCUCACUUGGAAGGGAUCAUAUCAGACUUUGAAGCCCUGAAACGGUCGUUUGAGGUGGAGGACACAGAUACAACCACGCACCCUUCAUCUCUGUCUCGCCGCAAUACCAACCCCCUCCGUUCAUCCACGUCCUCCUCAACCAGCCAACGGAGCUACGACCUGAGCUCACGAAACUCGGACUACUCCUCCUCCUCCAGGUACACGGCAUCCGAGUCCUCCAAUCUACGAUCUCCAAAGAGCGGCAUGAGGCGCGUUGAGUUAUCAGGAGGGCGAAACCCUGACACAGCUGCUUCCCGCCGGGCAGAGAUUUCCAUCGAGGUCUCCUCCAAACAGGUCGACAGCUCGCCCAGUGCCGGCAUCACCCGCUUUGGCCUCAAGAGGCCAGAGGUGAGUUUGAGCAGUCGGAGCAAUGCACUUGACAGCACCUCAAACUCCAUCUCCAGCAUCACCAACCGAAGAGCAGAGCUCAGCAUGACUCGGCCUCAAGAGCCCCCUGCCCCACCCAGGAGGAUGGACGCCCAGCUGUCAUCUACGCCAAUCUCUAGGAUCCCUGAGCCUGCCCAGAGAAGAGCAGAGCCCCCUUCUCCCAACCUGAGCCUAGUCGAUGGCGUCUCCAGGAGACCAGAGAUUCCCAUCUUCAGACAACUGGACAGCUCAGUGUCAGGCAGCACUAUAGAGAACAACAACCACCCACCUCCUGCACCCAUCGCCCCCUUGCCAACCCUGACAGAGCCAAGGGUGGAGAAGGUGCAGUCACCUGUCGUAGAACAGCCCACACCCCGACCAACAGACAGACCAGAGGUGUUCCCCAGCAACAGCAGCAGUGCCAUGUCUGAGGCGGUGGUGCCUGACGCUGUGGUACCCCCAGCAGUGGGCAGCCUGUAUGGGGAGAAGGCUGGUGGAGCUGUGGUGGACUUCAGCUAUGUGGGCAUUGAUGCCAUUCUAGAGCAGAUGAGGAGAAAAGCCAUGAAGCAGGGCUUCGAACUUAACAUCAUGGUUGUAGGACAGAGUGGCCUUGGAAAGUCGACUCUGAUGAACACCCUGUUCAAGUCUAAAGUCAGCCGGAAGUCUGUACUGGGCACAGGCCAGGAGAAGAUCCCAAAAACAAUUGAAAUUAAGUCCAUUAGUCAUGACAUUGAGGAGAAAGGAGUGAGAAUGAAGUUGACUGUCAUUGACACGCCAGGAUUUGGAGACCAAAUUAACAAUGAGAACUGCUGGCAGCCCAUCAUGAAGUUUAUUAACGACCAGUACGAAGCGUACCUGCAGGAGGAAAUCAACAUCAACAGGAAGAAAAGGAUUCCAGACUCCAGAGUCCACUGCUGCAUAUACUUCAUCCCCCCGACUGGUCACUGUCUGCGGCCUCUUGACGUAGAGUUCAUGAGGCGUCUCAGCAAAGUGGUCAACAUCGUCCCGGUCAUUGCUAAGGCAGAUACUCUCACGCUGGAGGAGAGAGACUUCUUCAAAAAGAAGAUCAGGGAAGAGCUCCGAGCCAAUGGGAUCGAUGUGUACCCUCAGAAGGAAUUUGAUGAGGAUGCAGAGGACAGAAUGAUUAAUGAAAAGAUCAGAGAGAUGAUCCCUUUUGCAGUAGUGGGCAGCGAUCAGGAGUACCAAGUGAACGGCAGAAGGUUGCUGGGGAGGAAGACCAAGUGGGGCACUAUUGAAGUGGAGAACAUCGCCCACUGUGAGUUUGCCUACUUACGAGACCUUCUUAUUAGGACCCACAUGCAGAACAUUAAGGACAUCACCAGCAGCAUCCACUACGAAAUGUACCGCGUGAGGCGCCUCAAUGAGAACAACACUGCGGUGGCUCAUGCCAACGGCAUCCCCGAACAUCACCUGACCACCCGCGAGAUGUAGGCGCCACCUGUCCUCGCCUGCAGAGUUAUGCAUGAGAUAUGAGACUUUGAUGGUCCCUCCAAUACAUGCCUCCACUCUAGCCCCAAUCUCACAGGUGGGGUAAAAACUCCACAGCCUGCCAGAGGGACAUCUGCUACUUAAAGGACUCUUUGUCAAUUUAUUGCCUUAUCUCUUAAACCUUAUCUUUAUUGGUGACAAAACAGAGAAGAAAGUGUUCUGCCUUCAAGCAGCUUUGGUUUUAUAUCCCCUCUCCUCUUACAAAUUUUUUGCCGUAGAUAUUUUUUGGUGCCAAAAUGUUUUUCAUCUACCAAACUGAUCGGAUUUGCUUUAAUCAGUUAAACAAGUUUGACGUUUUGUUUCCAUGUUAGAAACUUGUGUUGCAUUAGAAGCACAGUGUGAUGUCUCGAAUGACACAAACACCAAUAUGCAUGAAAACUGGCGAAGAUCGAGUUCUAAUGUUUAAAAACGACAUGAUUAGAGCAUGUUGGAAGAGGGUGGGGUAGUUCAUUCCCAACACGUUUGACAUGCAAGCAGCCAAAACUGUAAGUUCGCUUAAAGGUUACCAAAAAUAAACACAUGAUGUGCCUGAGGUUUUAUCUUUUUGUGCAUCACAACCUGUGUUUUGUUUUGCUUUGAUUGUUCUACGUUCAUAUCCUGUUAAAUAUUACCGUCAACUCUUUUUAAACGUCAGCGUUAUUUAGUAGAAAUAUGUUAAAGAGUGAUUUAACAUGGAAAAGGUAUUUAUGCACGUUGUAAAAUGUGAACAUUUUUUAUGACUUUGUCUUCCACGUAUUCAAAAAUGUCAACACAAACGUGCUCAUACGUUCCAGCUUUUCCUGCCUUUUUGGGUCCUCCUCAGUGCCUUAUUUAUUGGAGGAUGAUUUGUGAGCUUGUCAACUGAAACUGGAAAGAGAAGCAGGUUUUUGGUUCCACCUAAAAUUACAUUUAAACAUUUUUUAGUCCUCGUGUCGUUUAUUUUCCAUUGACCAGACCACUUUUUGUUCUGUUGACUAUAAUGUACCAAGAAUCUUUCUCUUUCAUGCAUAUCUAAUGUCCUUCUGUCGCUGUCAUGCUCUGUCCUGUAUAUUCCACUGUGUUCCGAUAAAUUGUUUUGUACUUGUAUUAUUAACAAAGUUUCCUUUAUCUUAUUUUAAAGAAAUAAAGAUUGAAGUUUUAAAUAUUUA